UUCUGAGCCGGUCUAAUGCAUAUUUCCUUCGUAUCGUCUUCCCAGUGCAGUCACCAUGGCCGACGCAUCUUUGGCAGUCCUCAGUCGUAAUGAAGUCAUCAGCUGUCACAGGAAAACGGACCCGGAGCCACGAGCCUCGAAAACGGCUCUAGAUCGCACAACUUCUACCGCAGAAUCAUCCUCCGUUUCGCAAGAUUCUAGAGAUUCGGGAUACUCAUCGCCAGGUCGCCAUCCCAUCUCUGACUCCCAGGACAGAGUCCAAGGCGACAGACCAUCUAGGCCUAAAGGAAUUGCAGUCAAGUUGGGAGGCCAGAAUCUCUUCAGAUUCAAGAACACAACCAGCAAGCCAACGAUCGCUCGAUUGAAUUAUGUUAUCGAUAAGAUAGAGCCAUUGCUACUACUAGUCAGCUUGAAAAAAACCGGAGGUCGAGUUGCACCAAUGGCAUUGCGAACAAUGACACUCGGGACGAAUGAGGAGAACGCUGGCGAGUACAUUGUCGUGCUUUGUCCCAAAAAGCUGUUGGGGACUGUCAAUGAUUUCUUCGAUAAAACCAAAAUAAUCCAAGAGUUGUGCGAACCAACCGAACAGACGCCGAGGCUCAGCAUCAUCGUCGAGGGUCGAGAGCCUCGGUUACUGGCAAAGCUAUGGCACUCUCACUUGUCAAUAGAAAGUCGUCCUGGGGAUUUCUGUCAUUCAUUCCUUUACAACAAGCCGACACUUUGUGGAUCUUCUCUGAGGUUCGAAGCUACCCUGACAGAGGGAAAGAUCGCUACGUUUGGCGGCAUGAUCAAGGUGGUGAACAUGGAUGGCCAAGGCGAAUUGUACGGAAUGACAGCGGGCCACGUCUUUAAUAACGAAAACAUGACAAAACCUAUCUUCGAAUACCCCGAACAUAGCCCCACGGAAGUGACACAGGAGUCGCCUCCUGGAAACCGGACGGCGCCUCGAUACAGGAUUUUGGCAAAGGACGAUUACGAAGAGAGAGGUCCAGAUUUUGAUUGGGCUUUAGUCGACUUUGGAGAUUUUGCAUUCGGCCCAAAUACGACUCGGGUAAACGGCGUAGAGGGAUACAUAAACGACUACCUUACUGCCGAAUCUGGAAAGUUCCUAGGGGAUGAAACCUACCAGGAGGUUGAGAUAAUUAGAAACAAAGCGGGAACUUGCUCCGGCCUGCUGUCAUGUAAGCCGGCGCGGGUUCUUUUAGGAGAAUCUAAUGCAUUCACACCGGCGUACAUCCUCACUUUGAAUCAGGGCGAAGUGGGAGAAGGUGAUUCUGGUGCAUGGACUGUGGGUUUAGUCUCUCGUGAUGUCUUCGGCCAUACAGUAGCAGCAGACAUGUUCGGCGACGCAUACGUUAUCCCUUUGGACCAAACAUUUAAAGAUAUUCAACGAAGUCUUGGUGCCGAAUCAGUCCAUCUAGCUCUUCGGGAAGACUUCAAAUCUGAUUUCAGCGAGUGUUGGCCAUCUACAGGACUUCCACUCGAGGUCAUUCAUGAAAGAAGUAUAGAUUCCGGCUACCAUUCGUUCACCCCCCCCGACUUCGACCCGUUUGCGUCUGAAAGUCCAAUAACGUUACCUCCAUUGGUUUCUGGCUUGGAGAAAUGGAGACCUGACCCUUCACUAUUCAUGAAUGCCGACGAAGAUGUUGCCCCUGAGCGGAAAGCUGAGCGCAGGCGGCUAUCAACGGAGGCUUUCUCGGGGGAGACCUUUGCUCAAAAGGUCGUCACGGUAGAACAUGACGCUCAGGAUAUGCCAGAGAGCAACAAAGGAGACAAAUUUUGAUAGGUAGGUGCUGAGCAUAAAUACGGCAUCUGAGCAAGCAGUCUUGAAGCUGAUCCUGGACCUGGACUAGUCGGUGAGGGGAACGAGCUCUUUGAGAAACGCAGCACAAUUCUUUCAAAAGAGAAGUCAAUUUUCGGAUGAUGAACUGACUUCCUUCACGAAGUCAAACGGGUAUUCAACAGAGAAUCGAAGCAAUACAAGAAGGCCUAGAAGGGAAAAGAGGAGGAC